AUGGGCUGCAAUAUUUCUAACAGGGUCACUGUUGCACAGCCGUCUUCGGAGGAGCUACAGAACAACCAGGAAGCCAAAAGCCAGACUAAAAGCAACAGCGUUUCUGGAACAGAGGCUGUCUCCUCACGUGAUGGGGCACCUUGGCCAACGGGCACUUCAAAGUGUGGAGCCAAACUUGAAGAUGAGACCAGUGAGGGAGACUCCCCUGAGGAAGUACCAGAAAGAUUUACAUCUUCUCAGAACAGCAGCAGUGUACAAAGCACAGAUGCACUGCUUACCAGCAAGUUCAUCAGUAAAUCAUGGCCCAUACAGGAAACAGAGCGGCAAACAUCAUCAGACAUUCUUGAGGAGCUGAGGAUGCAGGGAAUAAUCAAGAGCCAAAGUACCACUGCUAGGACUGGAGAAGUAUAUGAAAACAAGAGAGAUACGCUGGAGAAGACACUGAAGAAAUGACCAGCUAGGCUGAAAGAAAUUCAGUUUGGAAACAAGGAAGUGGGUGAUUUUACAGUGGAGGACAUGAAGACUUCUGCUGAGGCAAAAAAACCAGUUAGGGAAGAGGAACUGAACAAAAUGCCACAACACAUCUAAUUUUUUCCAGCAACUGCCCACUGAACUACGGGUAAAAAGUCUGCAAAGGACUCCUCAAGUUUUGAGAGUCAAGGAGGUACAGACACCCCUCAGCCCUUACCUCUAGACAGUGAGCCAGAG